GUUUCUGAGGUUUCAAUUGUUACCAGGGACCGGGAGGCCACGGCGUGAACGGAGGGACAGGUGCAGUACGUCUGGAGUCAUGGACUACCAACAGAAACUAGCUGAAAAACUCACCAUCCUCAAUGAGAGGGGCAAGGGGGUGCUCAUACGCAUGAACUACAUCAAGAAGAUAUGUGCAGACCCCAAGCUGCGACCAUCCUUCCUGACCGAAAAAAGCAUGGAGUCUGCAAUUAAGUACAUCAACAAGAAGUUUCCCAACAUUGACUUCAGAGGAAGCAUUCAACAAUUGACCAGCAUCCAGCGACAGAAGUCUGAGGUGUUGACAGCCACGGCCAGCUACUACGACUCCUUCCUGGACGUCAUAGAGUUCAGGGACCAUGUUUAUGAGCUGCUGAACACAAUAGACGCCUGUCAGUGCUUCUUUGAUAUUACAGUCAACUUUGACUUCACCCAGAACUACCUGGAACUGAUCACGACCUACACCUCCGUGAUCAUCACGCUCUCGCGUAUUGACGACAAGAAGGCGCUGGUGGGCAUGUUCAACUGCGCCCAUGAGAUGACCAACGGCAGCAGCGACCCCUCAUACCCACGGCUCGGCCAGAUGCUGGUGGAGUAUGAGCAUCCUUGGAAGAAGCUCGCUGAGGAAUUCGGCCCUCACACAAGGUCUGUGACCAUGGCGUUGCUGUCUCUGAACAUGAUCUACCCACGCAGGAACCUGCCAGUAGAUCAGUGGCGCAGCUCUCAGCUCCUCAGCCUGCUCAAUGCUCCAGCUGCGAUGCUGGACCCAGCCUGCUGUGACACAAUGUCAUGUGAAUAUCUGCCAAUGGAGGUGAUGGAGCGAUGGAUCAUUAUUGGAUUCCUGUUGUGCCACAGCAGCCUGAAUUCUAACCAGGUCUCCCAAGAACUGUGGAAGAUGGCUCUGCGCAGCGGCAUCUACCUCACCCUCACCCGAGACGAGGUUAUCAACAUUCACAAGGUCACCGAGGACCUGUUCGACAACAUCAAAGGAUACAGCAAGCGAGUUGCAGACAUCAAGGAAUGCCGCGAUCAUGCUAUAGUCAACAGCGGCGCUCUACACAGAGACAGGAGGCAGUUUCUGAGAGGAGCCAUGAAGGAAUUAUUCAAAGUACUAGACGAUGAACCUGGGCUUCUGGGACCAAAGGCCCUGUUUGUCUGCAUGGCUCUGUCAUUCGCCCGUGAUGAGGUCCUGUGGCUCGUCAGACACUCCGAGAAUAUGCCCAAGAUAAAGACCCCUGAGGACUACGUUGACAAUCAGAUGGCAGAGCUGCUGUUCUACAUGGAGAAGCUACGAGGCCUGAUGAGAAGGUACAUCCACGUGGUUCAGCGCUACCACGUCCAGUACCUGGCGCAGUUUGACGCCUUGGUGCUCAACGACACCAUACAGAACAUGUUCGUGUGUCCAGAGGAGGAGUCGGUCCUGAUGAGCUCGUUCGUCUCGACGCUGUCUGCGCUGUCGGUCAAACAAGUCGAAAAUAAGGAGGAGUUGGACUUCAGGGCAGUCAGGCUGGACUGGCUGCGACUACAGGCCUACACCAGCGUGAACAAGGCUCCGCUUCCUCUGAAGGAGUACCCUGACUUGGCAAAGGUGAUGAACUUGAUCCAGUUUCACACGCGGAUGGUGGACAGUGUGGACGAGCUGCUGCAGGAGACGUCCGACGUGUCCAUCUUCUGCUUCUACCCGCGCGUCUUUGAGAAGAUGUUUAACCAGAGCAGCGAGGAGAUGGCCAUGAAGCGUUACCUCAUGGCCUUCCCAUCUGUGUGUUCCCACUUCAGCCACUGUGGACACCUUCUGUGCCCAGAAGAGAUGGAGAUAGUGGAGAAGAAGAGCCUGCGUCUGUGCGUGACCUUCCUGGAGCUCAUAGCCAAGCAGACCAGCAACGUUGUGCUCGAGAUAUGUGCCGAGCAGAGCAACCUCAACGAUCAGUUGCUGCCCAAGCACUGUGCAGAGACCAUCAGCGCCGCUCGCUACAGAAAGCAGAAGAAGCCACUGCCGAAGAAAGGAGAGGUCCAGAAGGAGAAACCAGGGGCCGAAAGCCUGAGGAAAGACCGAAGCAUCAUCACCAAUUUUGACAAGCUGCAUCAGAUGCUGACAGAGCUCUGCUCCUCGUACAGUCUCUGCAGCGACUUCACUGUCUGCAGUCACGUCGUCAUUCCUGCAGAGUUCCUCCUCUCGCACUUGGAGACACGCCUCUCUGAGAUCAUCGUGAGAAUGGCCAAUUACAGCCAGGCCACCCAGCAGAUAGCGCGGCCCUCCGACCUGCUGGCGGCCGUGCGCACCUACGUGGCCAGCCUGCACUGCCUGUCCAGCUACAUCAGCGUGGACGUGACGCGGCUGGUGAAGAGCGUCCUGCUGCAGCAGACGCAGCCGCUGGACUCGCGCGGCGCGCAGACCGUCACCACCGUCUACACAAACUGGUACCUGGAGAGUCUCUUGCGACAGGCCAGCAACUCCCUCAUUGUCCACUGUCCCACAAUGCAUUGCUUUGUCAACCAGACUACCGACAACGAGCCGAGUUUCAGGGCGGAGGAGUACUCGGACGUGUCAGAGUUGCAGGCCCUGUCGGAGCUCAUCGGGCCGUACGGCAUGAAGUUCCUGAGCGAGAACCUGAUGUGGCACAUCACCUCUCAAGUCAGCGAGCUGAAGAAAAUGGUGAUCGAAAACAUGGAUGUGCUGGUGCAGAUGAGGAGCAACUUUGAUAAGCCAGAGGAGAUGGCUGGCCUUAAAAAGAAGCUGGCGGGUGGGGAGAACGUGCUGAAGAGGAUGACCAUCAUCGGGGUGAUUCUGUCCUUCAGAUCAAUGGCACAGGACUGUCUGAAAGAUGUUGUGCAGAAGCAUUGUCCGUACCUGACGGGUCCCAUCAAGGACCUGAGAGACUUCCUCUCCCCUGAUGCUGAGAUCAAGGUGACUCUGGGUGUGUAUGAGUUGGCGUCCGCUGCCGGGCUCGCGUGUAACAUCGACCCCGCCCUCGUCACGGCCAUUAGCAGCACGCAGACAGACAACACGUCCAUCGACGAGGAGUACAAGCUGUCCAGCCUGCUGCUCGUCUACGUCGCUGUGUCUCUGCCCAUCUUGGCCCUGGACAACAACUCAUCCUACAGCCGGGAGCACGGGGGCCACAACAACAACAUCCAUUGCCUAGCAACAGCGAUCAACCAGCUGGCUGCUGCCAUGUUCACCGUGCAGAAGAAGAACAUAGAGCACGAACUCAAGGAGUUCCUCCUGAUGGCCUCCUCCACGCUGCUUCAGCUGGGACAAAACGUAGACAGGGUGGAGGUCAAAAACCGGGAAUCCGUCUACCUGCUCCUGCACAUGAUUGUGGAGGAGUCGUCAUUCUUGAGCCAAGACAUGCUGGAGAGCUGCUUCCCAUAUGUCCUGCUUCGAAAUGCCUACAGAGAGGUGUACAGGUCCUUCAUCGUCACUCUGGGUUGACCUGAGCAUUUUCAACACCUUCUUGGAGGUUUUAUAUUCAGUUCUGCAAACGCAGUCCUGGUUCAGCACUGAGCUUAUGUACUUUGAGCAGAGCUGGGGCUUUUUUCUCGUCAGGUCCAGCUGCGCUGAGUCAUAGCGGUAACGAUAACCUCGCGCGGCGGAAUGGAAAUCAUUACCGAUCACAAAUAAUGAUGCUAAUGUCUCCACUCCCACUUCUUAAACCUUUGACCUGCGUUCGUGGGGUUAUCUCUCGCCGCUGGUUCAGAUUUUCAAGGCUGUUACUGUACAUCAGAUGUCUCACAUUCAAUAAUUUGAUCCGUUGUACAUAUUUCAGAUAAGCUUCACACAUCAGCAGUGCUUUGUCUUAAUAUAAACAAACUAAAAUAAAUAUCUUUACAAUGUAAGUGUAUUAAUACAGGUUUUAAAUAGGCUAUUGUAUUGACAAUUAACUUAAUUAACAUUAACAACUGAUGUGUAAGAGGACUUGAAUAAAGUGAUAACAUGAA